AUGGCCACCAAGGGACGGACCUGUUCCCGAAGCUGCUUGGACUACCUGCUCAUCGAAGUCGUCAGUCACUAUGCAAAUGCCCGCCAGGGCCCCUGCCUGGAGGUAGCACUGGAGGCGAUAGGCCUGCGGGUGGGCAUUGCCCUGGCGGAGUGGUGCACCCGGGACCGGUCCCCCAUUUCAGAGCCCCUGGACAUCAUCAAGUUCAUCUGCAAGGAGCUGUGGACCGAGGCCUUUGGCAAGGGCGUGGACAACCUGCGCACCAAUCACAGGGGCACCUUUGUCCUGCGAGACGUGCAGUUCAGCUGGCUGGAAGCCCUGCACCCCAACCAGCUGCCGCCCUGGCUACCGGGGGCGGGCCCCAGCAGGACCCCUACCCAGGACGAUGUCCCGCCCUCCCCCACCAGCCCCGGGCACCCUGCGCCCAGCACCCUGCCCUCUCCCGUCACCAGCCACGCCGUGCUGCCCUGCGCCCUGCUGCGCGGCGCGCUGAGCGCGCUGGGCCUGGAGGCCAGCGUCACCCUGGACGCCUCCAGCCUGCCCCAGGCCGACUUCACCGUGGUCCUCCGGUCGCCACCAGGCUCCUGGGCAGGGCAGGAGUGA